UUAUAAUGCAGUUUGCUGUCUAAAAUCUGUGCGUCUUCAAACAUGGUGUUUUUCAGCCGGUUUUACAGCAGUAUAGCAACUGACAGCAGUAGAGAGUUAGAUUGUGUUACAUGGUAUGUGUCAGUGUUUGAAAUGGGUAAACAUAGAGAUUGUAGCAGCUAGUGUAAGCGGGUCACGGUUAGGGGGACGGCAUUUCCUUUCGGAGGAAAAACAAAGGGCUGUAUCUGUGUUCAGUAAUGCACAGCUCAAGGGCAAAAGCAGCCGCGCAGUCUGAAUUGGGCACAUUGCUCUGCCAGUGAUGUUAAUAUCGGAAAGCGGAGGGGAAUAUAUCCUGUUUAUAAUGCAAGGCAAAAGGCCACCCUGGCUGAGGCUGAAUUACCAUGCAAGGGGAGUGAAAUGUGGAAUGGGCGCCUGUUGGAGUAACAGGGGGUUUAAAAAAAAAAAAAAAAUAAAAAGAGGGAACCGGUGUUGCAUUCUCGUUCCUAAUGCUAAAGUCCGGUACUGAUUUAGAAGGCCGUGUAACCUGAAUUAGUUGAUGAAUUUUCUAUCGAUCCUAAACAAGCCAGAUUUAUCUCUGACACGGUGCUGCUGCUGGGUGGCGGCGCAGCAGCCGGCCAGGCCACUCACCCACUCCCCGUUAUUAGUGAUUUAAAAAGAAGAGAGAGAAAAAAGAAAAAGCUUUGGCAAGCACGUCCCUACACACACACACACACACACCCCCUACAUAUAUACACAGAGGGUGGUGCAGGCGCCACUUUAAAUCCCCCCAAGCACUUUCUUUCUGCUGCUUCUUUUUUCUGUUUGCUUUAUUUUUUUUCUUUUUGAAGUUCCAGCCAGACGCGUAACAGGGGGAAGGGGUUCGUUUGCAAUAAGGGAGGACUUAUCAUCUCUACUGUACUCUGUUGCUCGUGUGUGUCCCUGCGCGCGCCUUCCUCAGUGCGGCUUCAGCUCAGGCGGAAUGUAGUCUACUUUGUGCGUGUCAGACGCGCUUUGUUAUUGUUGUGAUUCUCUGGCUGCUUAGGACGGCAUGCGUGCCGACGUGUGGUGGAGAGAUACACAGAGAGCGAACGGGGCCCGGGGAGGGGGAGAGGGGACGUAUUGUAGCACUGUGAAUGCACACAAACUGUGGCCAUAUGAUGAUGCGCGUGCGGGGUCCGUGUAUAUGCUUAAUCCCAUUUCCUUAUCCGGGGUUCGUCCUGGAGGCGCGCCAUUGGCCGGCUGCCGUCACGUGGUUUCUUAACUUUGUUCACUUGACAGAAAAGUAGGAGGGUUCAACGGAACAGGAAUAACCGAAGAGUAAAGGGAUGAGAUAUAAAUUUUAGUUAUAUAUUUUCCGAGUAGGUGCAAUUCCACAAAAAGACUGAAAUUAAUGGCCAUGAGCUCCUAUUUGAUCAACUCCAACUAUGUGGACCCGAAGUUCCCACCGUGCGAGGAAUACUCACAGAGCGACUAUCUGCCCAGCCACUCUCCGGACUAUUACAGCGCCCAGAGGCAGGAGCCUGCUGCCUUUCAGCCGGACUCUCUCUACCACCACCAUCAACACCACCCACAACACCAGAACCACCACCAGCAGCGAGGCGAGCCGCCGUACACGCCGUGCCAGCGUCCAGGGCAGCCAGCCUCGGUGGUGAUGUCCCCUCGGGGUCACGUCCUCCCCCCGACCGGGCUGCAGACUCCCCCAGUCCCGGAGCUGAGCCAGCGCUGCGACUCGGUGACACCCAGCCCGCCUCCGCCUGCGUCUUGCGGCCAAAGCACUUCGUCCCCCACGAGCACUCGUAAGGACCCCGUAGUCUACCCGUGGAUGAAGAAAGUCCAUGUAAACAUCGUGAGUUCAAACUACACAGGUGGCGAGCCGAAGCGCUCGCGGACGGCCUACACGCGCCAGCAGGUCCUGGAGCUCGAGAAGGAGUUCCACUACAACCGGUACCUGACGCGCAGGCGCAGGGUGGAGAUCGCGCACACGCUGUGCCUGUCAGAGCGGCAGAUCAAGAUCUGGUUCCAGAACCGGAGGAUGAAGUGGAAGAAGGACCACAAGCUGCCCAACACCAAGGUCCGCUCCGGGACAAACAGCAACACAAACUCCCAAGCUCUAACUGGCUCCCAGAACCACACCGGGCCCCUAUAGCCCGGUUAUUUGGCUCUUUGUCUGAUUUUUGCCCUCCCUGGUUCCCAAACUGAACGCCAAAGCGGCAGCCACGCUUGUAACCACCGGAGCCUGCACUUUGGACCGGAAUAACGCCUUUACUCUGGAGGAAGGGAGGGAGGGAGGGAGGGAUGCCAUUGCCGCCUGUUCGGUCCUGAUGCUGAUGUUACACACUAAUAUGACGUGAUGACGUGGGAGGGGGUGAAGGGGGAGAUUUCCCAUUCAUAAAAAAUGAAAUGAACAAAAGUAGGCGAAGGAGACUGAACGAACUGAGAAAACGAUGCGGCCGCUUUUUUGCUUUUGUCCCCCAUGCAGUCUCUGCCCUUCUCCGUCUCUCCCUGCUUUUUAUAUUUCUGUGUUUUUAUACUCCUCUCCCUCUCGCUUCCUCUCUAUGACAGAUCAUAAGAUGGUAUAGGCUGAGGAUAAUGUGCCCGCGUGCGUGUGGUUUCUUUUUUUUCCCACUGAGACUAGUUUUUUUGUGUGUUGAAGAUGGAUCCUGGUUUUCAUCUUUAAUCAUGCCAAACUCGGGCCCCAUUUGUCAUUGUUUACUCUGCGGGUACAAAGCAAAGGGGUGAACCGCGGCUCUGCCCAUUACCCCCUUG